GGCGGGGCUUCGAUGUUUCACAACACGACCGUCUCUGACCGUCAGCGAUAAAGGAUAAACCGGUUUCUUUCACCGUGAAAAUCGUAGGAGCAAAAUGCUUAUGACUGUGAAUUCGAAGGACAACUGAAUCCAGCCCAUGAUGAAGGGUCUUUACCUGGUGGAGCCCGUGGUGGCCUUGUACGCCUUUUCGUCGUACUUGACGUAUCCGUUGGUGCAGCAGUACGUGUACCGGCGUCUGUGGCAGCAGCUGACCAACAGCACUUACCCCAUCUCAGACAUGUCCACAUGUGCCGCCGCUAACUCCAGUGAUCCCCAGAACCACACCUACUACUUCCAGAAAGUGCAGGAGCAGGCCUCGCUGUUCUCGCUGUACACUCAGAUUCUUUCAGUGGCGCCCUCUUUGCUGGUCACCCUCCUGCUGGUGGCGUAUAGCGACCGCGCUGGGCGUAAGGUGGCCAUUGUCCUGCCGCUGGUUGGCACGCUGCUGUACACACUGUCCCUUCUGCUGGUGUCCUACCUGCAGCUCAACAUCUACCUGCUGGUGGGUGCCUCACUCUUGUUCUCCCUUUUCGGGGGCCUGGGCACCUUCCUAGGAGGGUGCUUCGCGUAUGUUGCCGACCUUAGCGGCGGCAGUGGGCGGAAGAUGACACUACGCAUCGCCGGGUUGGAUAUGAUGAUCGGGCUGCUGUCGGGCGUGGCUGCACUGUCCACAGGCUACUUUCUGAGGGCAACGGGUUUCAAUGGGCCCUUCCUGACCUCGGCCGCCUGCCAGGUCCUGGUGUUGCUCUACGCAAUCUUCUUCCUGGAGGAGACGGUGACACGACCAGCUGAUGCUGAGCCGGACCGGUGCUUGGCAGUGCGGAAGAUGUUCUCCGCCAUCUACGGGAUGUUCGCCCAUGCUGGUGCCGAGCGGCGUAUGCUACUGGCGCUCCUGUUGUUGAUCUUCACCAGCUUGUCCUUCACCUAUGUGGGAAGCUUCUCCUUGUUGACUCUAUACGAGCUAAAUGAGCCGCUGUGCUGGACCGAGAUUCUCAUCGGCUAUGGCGCCGCGCUCUCCAGCAGUAUCUUCCUGUUCAGCUUUUUGGGCGUAGCUGCAUUGACUUACUGUGGCGCCCCUCAGCUGCUCACCGUGCUAGUGGGCAUCCUCUCCUUGGCCACCGGUAUGAUCAUAGUGGCCUUUUCCAAAACCACGCUGAUGAUGUUUCUAGCGAGAGUUCCAAUGUUCCUGUCCAUCAUGCCGUUUGCUGUGCUGCGAUCAAUGAUGUCAAAAAUCAUCUCCAAGUCAGAACAGGGUGCCCUGUUCGCCUUGCUUUCCUUCACGGAUGUCCUGACGGCUAACGUGUCGGUGGCCGUAUUCAAUACCUUGUACGCCACCACGGUGUCCUGGUACCCCGGUUUAGCCUUUCUGCUGGGUGCCGGGCUCUGCGCAAUACCGACCAUAUUUUUGGGAGUGGUGUACGCGAUGGGAGCGGACUUGGCCAAUGAUGACACGGAGAUAGCAAACGAGGAGGAAGGGGAACGUGGUGAAACGGACAAAGACACACCUGAAAACAGCGACGACCGCGAACCGCUGCUAAGCUGAAAAACCCCAACCUUGAACUUAAGUUUCUCCUCAUGUACCCGCAUUUGACCAAAAACAGGUUGUCUUCCAUUUUACAUGAAGCACCACAUGUACAGUAGGAUCCUGCAUGCUCUUGUCGUGCUCCCUCAGCGAAACUCGGGAGAACAAUUGCUUUAAAUGACAAUGAAAUGUCAAAUAUUAAUGCAAAUGUGGGUCAGGUUCAAUGCAGUGUGCUGUGUGCCAACAUAUCAUGGCUUUUAAAAACAAAUUAAAUGGAUUGUAAUAUUUUUCUCUGCUACUACGAGACGGCGCACUCGUAUUGUGCAAUAUGUCAAGUGUUCUGUUCAUACCAAGUGUGUAGGUUUGGUCUGUUGGUAGCGACGAAAUAACAGCAUAACCUGCAUGUACACUUUUUGCUGGGGACGGGACUUUAAUGAGACCAAACUGAUUGGGUGAAGGAGGGUCAGGGUUCUAUUUCUCACCGAUAUGAACCUAAUUAAUUCAUAGGCUAAAUGAUCAUUGCAAAAUAAAUCUGUAUUGACUUGUAUUAACUUUCAUGUGUAUUGGGUUCAGGCGAUACAACAACAACAAGAAACAUUUUGAAGUGCAAGUCCCUUCAUUAAAAAAACGGGGGAGCUUUCCAAGACUGGGUCCACUUUUAGGGGACAAUGGAGUACACCUAGACUCGAGUAUUGUAAUAUUAAGGUAAUUCGGGAAAAAGUGAUGAAAAAAAUUUGAGAGAUCCAAGGACCGAUCUACAUCUGAGGCAUACUGGACUAACUCGACUUGAACCAAAGUACAGUAUCUCAUGAAAUUCUGAUGUGUGAUUUCAUUUCACAGAUUUCUUUUUAUGUCACUUCAUGUUCAUGGUCAUGUCAGUGUCUCCGUGAAGUUGACACACUCUUUGAUAGCGACCCGUUUUUUUUGUUUGUUUGUUUUUUUGUUGUUUUUUUGUUUUUUAAUAUAAGGACUUGCACUCUGAAGUAGGGCUGCAGCUUUCGAUAAUUUUAUUAGUCGAUUAAUCGAUGAACCAUUAGUUCGAAUAAUCAAGUUAUCAGAUAAGGUACAUUAAAAAUUAAAUUACCUGAGCUGAGCCUCAAACGGUAUAAUAAAUAAAAAAUGACUAUAUAUGUACAACAAAAGAACAAUUGGCUAACUUACAUAGCAAAAUUCUGCUAGUUAAACUUUUUUACAAUGCUCUUAACAAAUGGUUCAGACACUUAUUUCCACAAUAAUAGGCUAAAUAUACCUAUAAACUAAGUUACGAAUGCAUUAAAAAAAAAAAAAAAAAAGCUCAAACAAAAACUUAGCUUAUGUUGGUCUUAACAGGGAGCACCUGGAUUCAGCCAUGUGAAAUGAGGCAGACUAGAAGGCAGUGUAUCAAUAAAACUAAAUGCAAACACUUUCAAAAUAACCCUUUUUACCGCCACUUAAACGAAUACUCGAAGCAGCAAAAUUUAAUUUGAAUCUUUUUCUCUAAUAGAAUACUCAAGUUAAUCGAUUAAUCGUUGCAGCACUACUCUGAAGCCACCGCGUUUCAUUACCGUAAUGCACAUAAUGUAAACAAUGAUCCAAAAGACAGCCGGCUAUCUUGAAUUUCCUGUUCCUUGAGGAGGCUGGCCUGACCGCAGAAGUUUUGCAGGUUAGCAAGUUCACAAAGUUUAAUGUUAUGUUAACUCUGAUGCAGGUCAGACUUUCAGUAGCAGAAUUUGUGGUGUUUCCCCCACCUCCACAACUUUGACGUCUUUUACAGUACUUACAGUGGCUGCUGCUGGCCGAAAAAAAUCUAAUAUCCCUCCUCUUUAAAGGGGGCGGAGGAGGCGCCAUGUUGUCGACAUGAAUCUAUCCGUGCUGUGUGAGUGUGCAUCUGUGUAGCGGGAAGGGGGAUGAAGUCAUCAGCUAAUCAAACGUGCGUUUGAGGGGGGAAAUGUGGACCGGCAGAUUUAGCAUGUGAAAAGGGCUAAAUGUAAUUCCGAACAUAAUGAAAAUAAUUCACUUGAAAAUGUUAGGGUCUAUGUCUUCCCAUAUGUUGUAAGGAUAGAAAUCUAAAUCUAAAUUACAUAUAUAACUGAAGUGACUCUAUAAUGUAAAUAAGGUUGCUUCAAAGUUGGUGGGGACAAUUUGAGGAUUCUGAAAAGUUGCUAGUGUUAUGUCCCAACCGUCCCUAUGCAAACCUACGCCCUUGCUUCAUACACACUGUAACCCAGUUUUAAACUCUAUCAAAUUUCCCUAAUAUAAAUGGUUAACUUACCUUCAACCCUAACCUUGAAUUGAACCAACUCUAUUUGAAACACUCUCAGGAAGUUAGCUUCAAACCCAAACCCGGUCUUGAAUACCUUUUCUGAAACUCUAACCUAGACUUUGGAAGCAUAUAUUACGUCUACACUCUGUAAGUACCAAGUUUAUUCUUGAUAGGGUUAGAUCUUGAUAUUUUGCAGGCAAUUUCAGUUCUUCAUUAAAUUUCUGGUAAUGUUCAAAUCCAUUCAUACAACUGCAGAUGAAGGAGGCGGCUAUCAUAGAAAACCAAAAGAAAAAUAAGCUAAACUUAAAAGGAAAAAAACGCUGACUUUGUGCUAACAUGCCUGUAAUCUUUGCUCUAUUUGAUGGCGAACAUUGAACACUUUAUCAGAUGUCCAGUACAAAGAUGUAUACAAAAGUCCUAACAGUACAAAUAGCGAGUUUAUUAUGUUUGUUUUACCAGAAGCGCUUUGUCCAGAAGCGAUACAAGAAUCACAUUCAAAAGUACCUUGAAUCAAGAUACAAGCUAGGAAUGAAGUCUGAACCAGUCAAAGACCAUGUCAAUUUCAAUCAUGAAGCAGUCAAGAAACAGUCAAGAACUUGCAGAAACCAUAUCAAGUACCAGUCGGAAGCAGCCAGGAAACAAUGGAAAACCACAAAAAGACCCUGUCUAGAACUGCAUCAGAACCAUUCUAAAACCAAAUUUAAAAAAAACUCAGAACUGCAAAUAUGGAGUCAGUCUUGGCUUGUCACUUGUUUGUUCGUGAAGUUGUUGUGUUCUUAUUCAUCUUUGGUUUUGUUUCUUAAGUCAAAACAACUUUCUCUUUUAUCCCAGAUGCAUAGGUACUGUAUUUUAAUUAUCAGGAACCACAGCUUUCUGUGUCAUCCAGUAAGGCAACCUCCAUUUCUUUGCGUAAAUCCUCUACUCCAUUAUCCUGAUUUACUGGUACUCCCUCUUCCUCCCUGAACUCAUCCUCCGGUGUUUGACUGGUUUCUACCAGCUGAGCCAAGGAAUUGGAAAAGAAGGGUGAGAGAGAGAAGGGCACCUUCGGGGAGAAAGAUGGUGACUGAUAGGGGGAAGCAGAGAGUGUGAAGGGAGCUCUUGGUGAAAGAGAUGGGUAUUGAUAUUGCGAGGGUGGUGGUGGUGAAGCUGUGGGGGGGUUAUGGGAGCAAGGAGACAAUUUAGGGGGAAGAGGCGGAGCUGAAUCAUCUGGACCAGGAGAUACCGAAGAUGUGAUGGCUGAGGAUGGCUUCAUGUAGUCCAGGUCAUCAGAUGUAUGCUCCAUCAGUGAUGGGAGUUGGGCUUUUACUUCCUCCUCCAUUACAGAUGAGGGGUGUGAUGACUGGGAGUCCUUGGAUGCGGGUGUAGUCUUCUUCCAGGCUUUACACCUUCUACUAGUCUUGGGCAUAA